AAAACAGCUCAGAGAGAGAAGUUACAUACAGAAUAAUCAUUCUCUUCACGGCCAGGUUUCAUAAGACAACCUACCCUGAGAGCGGAUUACGAAAAAGAUGGCCUUAUUUUCAAUUCCUUUUUAUUCUUUAUUUAUUUUAGCUUUUCUGCGUGUCCGUGGUGUAUGGAGCGAUACCGCUUCCUCACAGAUAAACUGUGCAUCUGGGACUAAUAACGUCGUUGGGAGUAUCCAGGAAGGAUAUGAAGGUGAUGUAGAGAUUCUCACUAAUAUCGGUCCUAAUGAUCGUCUGGUUCUGGAGGCGUAUCGCUUUCCUAUCGGCUUGGAGUAUGUGGAGCUGAUUCACUCUGAUGGAGAUCCAACUGCUACUGUACGGACCAAGAAACCCCUGGACGCUGAUGAACUGAAGGAGUACGCAGAGAAAUUAUAUUAUUCAGUCUCCUGCUCCAACACCGGGCUGAAAAACACCCGGACGAUAGAUGUUCUGGACAUCAAUGACAACCCUCCGAUCUUCCAGAGCCAGGCGUACAGCACCACAGUGUCAGAGACGACAGCUGUGGGUACAGAUGUGCUCAGGGUGAGGGCUGACGAUGCAGAUGUGUCUCCAGAAAACAACAAUAUUAUAUAUUCUAUACUGUCUCCAGUACCAGACGACUUUGAAGUGAGACCGGACGGUAACAUCAGGUUGAAACAGCGUCUGAACUACAACAACGAUCAACAGUACAUCUUCACCGUGGAAGCCAGAGAUAUAGGAGGACUCACUGACACAACGACAGUUGCAAUAACAGUUGAAGAUUAUGACAACCUAAACCCUUAUUUUGAUCACAGUUACUACACGGCAUCCAUUGAGGAAAAUCAGGCAGGACAAUUAUCAGACUUCACUCCUGAAGCCAUUAAAGCUCAGGAUGGAGACACGGGCAUCAACGAGCCUGUCGUUUACAGCAUAACAACAGUUCUUCCAAGUGAAUAUCAGAGCAUCUUUAAUAUUGACCCAAACAGUGGGGUCAUCUCUGUGACAACAGCACUUGACAGAGAGGCAAUUGACCAGAUAACAGUUUAUAUACAGGCAGCUCAGCAGGAUGAUGCCAGCAAAACGGCAAACGCUGUGUUGUCUGUCCUCAUUAAAGACGUGAAUGACAACCUACCAGAGUUUGACCACGAUGAGUAUACAGUGUCUAUUCUGGAAAAUUCACCACAGGACCAGUUUGUGCUUCAGACUAGAGUCACCGAUAAAGAUCUGGGAGGAUUUGAGGGAACAAUCCGGAUUAUUUCAGACUCUGUUCCUUUUUCAAUCAGCCCUGAUGGAAUAAUUCUGGUGAAACGCUCAGAGGACCUCGACAGAGAAACCACAGCUAGCUUCCGCUUUCAAGUCGAAGCACAAGAAAAGUCUCUUCCCACCAACACAGCAACAGCAGAUGUGACCAUUGUCUUGCUGGAUGAGAAUGACAACAGUCCACAGUUUACAGCUUCCAAGUAUGAGGGCAAAGUUUUCAGCAACCAGACUGCUGGAAUGCAGGUUGUCAAGGUUGAAGCAACAGACCUAGAUGAAGGUUCAAAUGGGGAAAUCACCUACUCAAUUGAGUUUGGAAAUGAGAAAGGUCAUUUCGAAAUUAAUGAGAAUAAUGGGGAGAUUAGACUUGUUAACGAAAUCGACCUGGUGGACAAUAACAUCCUUGAGUUUGCACUCUACGUGACUGCAAAAGAUGGGGGUGCUAUAAGCAGAUCGACCGCUGCAAUGGUGAAUGUCAAGGCACCUGGAGAGUCUCAUCCUCAGUUCCUUCGGGAUACCUACCAAGGACAAGUAGAGGAGGAUCAGGCAGACGCAGAGAUUGUGAAGCUUGACUUCCUGUCUCUUGACCCUAUAGUUCCUGUCAUGUUAACGGUUGUGAGUGAAGAUGACAAGUUCUCCAUAAACCAGGAUACAGGUGUUCUCUUGACCAAAGUCAAACUGGACUUCGAGGAGAAGAGCAGCUACACUGUACAGGUGUCGAUAUCGGACGGUACUAACCUUGAUACAGCAUCAGUCCUGGUUGAGGUGCUGGACAUCAAUGACAACAGUCCAGUGUUUGGAACUCACCCUGCCACUGUCCAAGUACCAGAGGAUCAUGCAGUGGGAGAUGAUGUAACAUCAGUAACAGCCACAGAUGCAGACUCAGGGUUUAAUGGUGAAGUCCGAUACACUCUCCUGGGAGGCGCUGGGAGAUUUAGUGUUGACCAAGAAACAGGAGCGAUCUCUCUAGCAGCUCCUCUUGACAGGGAGACCCAAGAUGAGUAUAGCUUAGUGAUCACUGCCCAAGAUCAGGGUCGCCCGUCACGCUCCUCUACCACCACUCUGGAAAUCUUCGUGACUGACAUCAACGACAAUGCUCCAAUAUUUUCCAAACAACAGUAUGAGACCGCAGUGAAGGAGGAUGCUGAACUAGGAACAAACGUUAUAGACAUUAUGGCAACAGACAAAGAUGACGGUCAAAAUGCUAUCGUGACUUAUCACAUUGUCAAACAGGAGCCUUCUUCUACACCACCCAUUUUUACCAUUGACGAAGUGUCUGGUUCCAUAAGUUUAGCUGCCAAACUAGAUUAUGGCAAAGCUAAGAGGUACACUCUAGAAGUGGAGGGACGAGAUGGAGGAAACCCUGUUCUCACUGGCAGUACUUCUGUAACGUUGUGGGUGGAGGAUGUAAAUGAUAAAGCUCCUGUGUUCAGUAAGGAUCUGUAUGAGAUAUCGCUCUAUGAAAACCUUGCAGGUGGAUCUGCUCUGGUGUCUUUAGAGGUUACAGAUGAGGAUGAGGGUGGGUUCUCUAAAGGGCACUUCAUCAUGGACAGUGACACAUUCGUUAUCAACAGUCAAGGAGUAAUAUCACUCAGGAGCGAUGCCACCUUGGAUAGAGAAACUACAGACAACUACAUAAUAGAGGUAAUAGCUGUAGACCAGCCUGACGAUGGUUUAAGCUCCACAACUCAGGUCAUCAUCACUGUUCUGGACGUCAACGACAACAACCCACAAUUCCUUCCUCUCCCAGACUCCAUUGAGAUUCAGGAAGGUGUUUACACGCCCUCAUCACCCGGAGAGGUGUGUGUGAUCUCAGCCACAGACUCUGACAUUGGAGAAAACGGACGUGUUUCCAUCAUUACUUCCUCUUACAGCAAUAUCUUUACUUUUAGAGAGGAUGGUACUCUACUAGCUAUCGAGGAGCUUGAUCGGGAGACACAAGAUGUGUAUGAUGUGGUCAUUGUUGCAAUGGAUCAUGGGAUCCCACAGGGAAAUGACAUCACAACAGUGAGGGUCAGUGUCACAGACGUCAAUGACAACGCUCCAGUCUUCAGCUCUGAGUCCUACAGCAGAAGCAUUCUGGUUAAAGACGCCAAGGUUGGAGAGGUGCUGCUGACAGUCUCUGCCACAGACAAAGAUGAUGGACCCAACGCAGUCAUUAGCUACAGUUUCUCUGAAGAAUCUUCUAUGGUCGCACUGGAUGCUGAAACAGGGGACAUCACUUUGACCUCUGACCUUAGUGGGGUCACAGAAGACACACUGCUAACCCUGACCGCUGUAGCAACAGAUCAUGGAGCACCAGCACGGUCUGAUGAAGCCGAAGUCUUGAUCAACUUCAAAAUUUCCUCUCUCAAUGAGGGUGUGGCUUUUGAGAGCUCCUCCUACAACUUUGCAAUCAAGGAGAACGAACCUGAGGCAACAAUAUUAGGCAAGGUCAAGGCAUUAACAGGGAGUCCACUGGCUACGGUCAGCUAUAACAUGAAGUCACAUGAGGAUCUCUUCUCUGUGGAUGAGGAAGGAACCAUAAAAGCUCUCAAGUCACUGGACAAGGAAGAAGAGGAGUGGUACUUUAUCACAGUAGAGGCCAUAGACUCCAGAUCUCCUCCAAACACUGCAGAAACAACGGUCAGCGUUCAGGUUGAGAAUGUGAAUGAGGCUCCAGUUUUUGAUGCUGAAAUAUAUAAGGCAGAAAUUUUCAGUAUCACCCCAUACAAAUUCCCUGUAGUGAAGGUCCAGGCGUCAGACCCUGAUGUGGGCGAGAGCUCAGAGUUGCAGUAUUCACUGCAGGAGUCCACAUCUCUGCUGGAAGUGGAAGAAAGCACUGGUCAGAUCUACGUACACGACGCAUCUAGCGUUGGAGUUGGUACGUUCACCUAUCAGGUGAAAGCCUCCGAUAGACAUGGACUGAGCGCAACUGCAAAAGUAGAGGUCACAGUGAAGCAAAGUGAAAGCAACAACGUCAUGGUCAUCUCUCUAAACCAGGCUGUGUUUACAGUGGAGAAGAAGAUACCAGAGAUUGAAGAUUCCAUGAAGAAAGCUUUAGGUUUGACUGUGAAAAUCCUCAGUGUGAGAGCUGAGAAUGGGAACGAGAUGCGCGCCAUUCUUCGUGAAUCUACAGCCAAGACUUACAUUAGCUUCGUUGCCAUGGAUACCAGUGACGCCAUCAUUCCAGCCACAGAGCUCAAAGAGAAACUGCAGACUAAUCACGACGCUUUAAAAGACGAACUGGAGAAGCUGUUUGGUUCUGAUUUGGAAUUCAAAGUGGAGGAUGGUUCUGGAAACAAUUCCGAAAAUUCCAAUGAAGCAGUAGUCAUUGCUCUCGGUGUUCUGCUGGCUAUAAGCAUUGUGGGACUUAUCACUCUGACAACAGUCUAUCUUGUUAGGAAAAAAAUGAAGAAGGACACAGAUUCCGACAAGGAGAGCUUCAAUAUUGGCAGAAUGAACAGAUCAAGCAUUGACAACGGUUUUACCUAUUCAAGAAAAAAUGAAGCCGCCCAGGAGGUUGGGUUCAGUAACACACAUGAGUUCAAAAGAUAUUCUGAAAAUGACGCAGACUCGAACAACAAAAGCAGCACCGCUGCCUUCUGAAAACAUCCCAAAGGACCAAAGCUCCUCAAUACUUGUUAUUAGAAGACUACAUGAAUUUUAAAAUGAAUUCUGGCACCAUGUUUAAGCUGUUUUGUUACAGAGCAAGUCGUAAAGGCAAUUCUAAAAGAUACAAGCAAAUCCCAUAAUGCAUAAAAAUGUCGACUACAUAGUACUAUAUAACACUAUUUAAAUACAUGUAGCAUGUGCAACAUCAGUUACUUCUAGGCUUCAUUUCAGUCUUAAAUUCACCUGCUGUACAAUCAUGUACAUUCAACUGCCUUGCAUUUUGAUUUUCAACAUGGUCUUUUACAAAGGGAUGCAGACAUCCCAAAACCUGCUUACAAAAUACAGCUCAGCUACAAUUAUGUAACACUUUUAAUUUGUAACUUGUGAUGUAAAUACUUUUUUAGAAUGAUUAAACUUUUUGAAAAUGUUUCUUAAA